AUGGCCGGGUCUCAGCUUAAGAGGCUGAAGGCCUCCCUCAAGGACCAAGGCAUCAUUGGUCCCCAGAAAUCCAAGAAGCAAAAGCGCCAAAACGCCCAGGAUGCGAAGGCUUCCACCGACAAGCGACUCCAGCGCCACGAAGCUCUCGCCAGCAUCAGAGAGCAGUUCAACCCCUUCCAGUUCAAGACCAACGCCAGAGGACCCAAGUUCGAGGUCACCACCAACAAGCCCCAAAAUGACAAAUUGGCCAAGGGCAUCCAGGGCCGUCCCGGACUCGCAAAGGCCACCGCUGAGCAGAGGCGACGGGAAACUCUCUUGGUCGAGAUGCAACGGCGCAACAAGGUCGGCGGUAUUGUCGAUAGACGUUUCGGCGAGGACGACCCCAACAUGACACUGGAGGACAAGAUGAUGGAGCGUUUCGCGCGCGAGCAGAUGAAGAGCCACAAGAAGAACACCGUAUUCGAUUUGGAGGGUUCCGACGACGAGCAAGAACAGGUCACCCUUACACACGCCGGCAAGACUCUCUUUCUUGACGACAUCGAGGCUGGCCGCGACGAUUUCGACGAGGACGUUGAAGAUAUGGAAUCCGACGAUGAGCGUUCCGCCAGAAAGAAGUUCCUCAAGCGCCUGCGUGCUGAGGAGGAGGCCGCGGAAGGUGAAGGAGAGGAUGGACAACCGGAGAGGAAGAAGACCAAGAAGGAAGUCAUGGAGGAGGUUAUCGCCAAGUCAAAGGCCUUCAAAUACGAACGACAAGCCGCCAAAGAGGAGGACGACGAUCUAAGAGUCGAGCUCGACAAGGAACUAGGAGAAGUGCAGUCCCUACUCUUCCAGAUGAAGCCGAAGGAAACAAAGGAACCCAAGGGCCCCGCCGUCAUGUCAGGGAUCGACCUCGAAACGCUCGAGAAGGAAUACAACAUGCGCCUCAAGCAGGCAGCGCGUGAAGCCAGGGCUGAGGUUACCGACAGGACAAAGACCGACGAGGAGAAGGCGGAGGAAGGAGUCAAGCGUCUCAAGGAGAUGGAGGAGAAGCGGCUCAGGCGCAUGCGGGGCGAGAUCGUAUCGGAUGACGAGGAAGAGGAGGAGCAAAAGAAGGGCAAGAAGAAGGGAGACGACCAAGAGGCUCAAGACGAGGCCGAUGAGGACGAGUUCGGCCUCGGCAAGGGUAUCAAGCUACGAAUGACCGCCACCGAGAUGGGCUUGGACGACGAAGAUGAUUUCUUGCUGGAAGACGAUCUUAUCGCUAGCGGCUCUGAGUUGGAUAUGGACGAGGACGAUAUGUCGGAUAUCGACGGAAGCGACGACGAGGACGCCUAUGACCCCGAUGAGGACGAGCUCGUGAACGGUGGUGAGGACGGCGAGUCGAAAGAGGUGGCCACAAAACUUCAAGCUCAGUCAAAAGGCGGCGACGAGGACGGCAUACCCUAUACCUUUACAUGUCCCGAGAGUCACGAGCAGCUACUGGAGAUCUUGGGAAGCCUUCCCGUGACCAAACUUCCAGUGGCCGUCCAGAGGAUCAGAGCUCUCUACCACCCCAAGCUGGACGCAAAGAACAAGGAGCGUCUUGGAAACUUCGCCCAGGCGCUCAUUGAGCAUAUCGCUUACCUUGGCGAAAAGUUCGAGCCCAGCUUAUUCCCUACCAUUGAGAACUUGAUCCGCCACGUCCACUCGCUCGCAAAGACAUUUCCAAUCGAGGUAUCCAAGGCUUACAGGUCACGGCUCGAGGAGAUCAAGGAGGAGCGACCAUUGGCUCUUACUGUCGGCGACCUUAUGCUUCUCACCGCUAUUGGCACAACAUACCCUACUUCUGAUCACUUCCAUCAGGUGGUCACCCCUGCGAUGCUUUCCAUCACCCGUUACUUGGGACAAAAGAUUCCCCAGACACUCGCCGACUACUCGAUCGGCGCUUACCUUUCGAUCCUCGCCCUCCAGUACCAGUCCUUCUCCAAGCGUUACGUACCAGAGUUUAUCAACUUCUGCCUCAACACUCUCUACUCGCUCGCUUCUGAGAAGCCCAAGGAGAAGCUUGGUCUGUUCCCCGUCCACGAGCCCGCUGCUGGUAUCCGUGUCAAGGGUGCCAGCAAGGUGACCGUCAGAAAGCUCAACUGCGGUGACUGCCAGCAGCCGAAGAGCGCUCGCUCCGCCAGCGAGGAGUCCGCUCUCAAGGUUGCCAUCAUCAGCACCAUCACCUCCGUUCUCAGGACCGCUUCCGAGACGUGGUGCAAGCUCCCCGCGUUCUACGAGACCUUCCAGCCCGCCCAGCGUGUCCUCCAGCACCUGACCACCAAGUCCAACGCCGCCCAGCUCCCCGCGGCCCUCGUCAAGCAGCUCAAGGACACAACAACGAGCAUCUCCCGCCUCCUCCAGCUCGCCCAAGUCUCCCGCAGGCCGCUCGAGCUGCACCACCACAAGCCGCUCGCCAUUAAGACGUACGUGCCCAAGUUCGAGGACUCGUUCGACCCCAACAAGCACUACGACCCCGACCGCGAGCGCGCCGAGCUGGCCAAGCUGCGGGCCGAGCACAAGAAGGAGCGCAAGGGCGCGCUCAGGGAGCUCCGCAAGGACGCGGCCUUCAUGCAGCGCGAGAACCUCAAGGUCAAGAAGGCCAAGGACGAGGCGUACGAGAAGAAGUACACGCGCUUGGUGGCGGAGAUCCAGGGAUCGGAAGGCCAGGCGGCGAACGAGUACGCGAGGGAGAAGGCGGCGAGACUCAAGAAGAAGAAGAACGCGAGGUAA